CAUUUCACUUCACAUUUCCACAGUCAACACACCUCUUCACCUUCUCAGAAGAUACCUCUAAUCAGCCAAACAAGAGAGAAAUUUGUGCUAUACUCUACGUGUACAUCUUCUCUUCUUUCUUCUCACCAUCCCCCUCAUAUCUCUCUCUUUCUCUCUCUCUCUACUCUCUCAUGGGUUCUUCUUCAGGGAGUUUGGAGACUUCGGCAAACUCAUACCCACUAGCAACAACUACAUCAUCCACCUUCUCUUUCUCAACUCCAUUCAUGAAUACCAACACGGUCAACACCUCUUUCUCUGACCUCCUUGCCUCCACCGACAACUACCCCACCACCACCACCGCCGCCGUCAGCCGUGGACUUUCAGAUCGUAUCGCCGAGCGAACGGGUUCCGGCAUACCCAAAUUCAAGUCAAUUCCGCCACCUUCACUGCCCAUUUCUCCACCAGCUGUAUCACCUUCCUCCUACUUUGCCAUCCCACUUGGUUUAAGCCCAGCUGAGCUCUUGGACUCCCCUGUUCUUCUCUCAUCUUCUUCCAUUCUACCAUCUCCGACUACAGGGGCAUUCCCUUUUCAGUCCUUCAAUUGGAAGAGCAAUUCUAACAACCACCACCAGAGUCUGAAGCAAGAAGAGAACUAUUCUGAUUUCUCUUUCCAACCCCAAACAAGGCCUCCCACAUCAUCCACAACAAUCUUUCAGUCUCAGAACAACACAAUUCCAACUGAAGAACAAGCAUGGAAUGUACAAGAACCCGUGAAGCAAGAUGGUGGAAAAAGUUUGGUGAAAUCCGAAUUCAAUUCGAUGCAGAGCUUCUCCCCUGAGAUUGCAACAAUUCAAACUAACCCUCAAAGCAACGGCAACUUCCAAUCGGAUCAUAAUAAUUACAAUCAAUCAUCAUCGAUAAGAGAGCAGAGAAAUUCAGAUGAUGGGUACAAUUGGAGGAAAUAUGGGCAGAAACAAGUGAAAGGGAGCGAAAAUCCGCGAAGUUAUUAUAAGUGCACAUACCCCAAUUGUCCAACUAAGAAGAAAGUUGAGAGAUCUUUAGAUGGGCAGAUUACUGAGAUUGUUUACAAGGGUAGUCACAACCAUCCCAAGCCUCAGUCUACUAGGAGAUCAUCAUCAGCUUCUUCUCAAGCAAUUCAAGCUUGCAAUCGUCCCGCCAAUGAAAUCCCAGAUCAGUCAUAUGCCUCACAUGGCACAGGCCAAAUCGACUCCGUUUUGACACCGGAUAAUUCCUCCAUCUCGAUCGGGGAUGAUGAUUUUGAGCACAGUUCUCAGAAGAGUAAAUCUGGUGGAGAUGAUUUUGAUGAAGAUGAACCUGAUUCCAAAAGAUGGAAAAGAGAAAGUGAAAAUGAAGGUAUAUCAGCAGCUGGGAGUAGAACAGUUAGAGAACCUAGGGUUGUAGUUCAGACAACAAGUGAUAUUGAUAUUCUUGAUGAUGGGUAUAGAUGGAGAAAAUAUGGGCAGAAGGUGGUUAAGGGUAAUCCAAAUCCAAGGAGCUACUACAAGUGCACAAGUCCUGGAUGUCCGGUGAGAAAGCACGUAGAGCGAGCAUCGCAUGAUCUAAGGGCGGUGAUAACAACCUACGAGGGGAAGCACAACCAUGAUGUGCCUGCUGCACGCGGUAGUGGCAACCACGCCAUCAAUAGGCCUUUCCCCAACACCAGCAACAACAAUGCUGCCAUUGCCAUAAGGCCUUCGGCUGUGUCUACCCAUAACCCUAACAACUCCGCCAUCAACCCAAUUCGCGGUGCAAGGCAUGCAGCAUCCGAAGGGCAAGCACCCUACACACUGGAGAUGUUGCAGAGCCCCGGGAGUUUCGGAUUCUCAGGGUUUGGGAACUCCAUGGCCUCUUACAUGACUCAGCCACAACACGAAGACAAUGUGUUUUCUAGAGCCAAGGAAGAGCCUAGGGAUGACAUGUUCCUCGAGUCCUUACUAUGCUAAGUAGCAUGCUUCCUUGACAAAAACAAAAUAAGGUGGUCAGAUUCAUUUGUUUAUUCGCAUUUAGUUUGUUUUGUAUAUUUUACAGGAAUUUGGUUUUGUAUAUUGAAAAUUGUAUGGUAUAUAUAGCAGUUCCUGAACGUAUUUUUUUCAUUUUUUUUAGGCAUUUAUUUUCCUAGAGAUAUAUAGCCCCAAAUGUAAAAGAAAAGGAUGUAGCGAUUCUUUUUGGGUAAUUAAAUGAAAAUUGAAAUUGUGAUAA